CCAGCGUCGAAGUCCAGGAUCGUCUUCCCCCUGUGGAGGCACCCCCCCGCUGUGUUGGUGUUGGUGCCCCUCUCCAGGCCUCCCAAAAACAGGGCCUCGCAUGGUGCGGCCCUGCGUCGGGCCUCCCGCCAGAGGCUGUGCCGCCCCGCGCGCGGCCGGCGAGGAGGUGGAGGGGCGCGCGGCGGCGGAGAAGCUCCGCAAGAGGGCGGCGGAGGAGGAGGCUGUCGGCAGGAGGGCCGCGGAGAUGGAGCUGGCCUGGAAGCAGGCGGCGGAGGCGGAGCGGCGGCGGAAGCGGGCGGCAGAGCAGGCGCCCCCCCGCGGGCCCGCCGCGCCGGCGCCGGGGGCCGCGGCGCAGAGCCCGCUCGUGGGCUGGCGGGGGGCCGACGACGAGCUCGCGGACAGGCUGCGGGCGCGCAGGGCCUUCGAGGCGAAGAGCGCGGGCGGGGCAGCCGAGGAGGUGGCCGUGGCCCAAGUCGGCUCCGGCGGGCACGACGGCGCGGCGGGCGCCGAGACUGCCGCGGGGGCUGCCAUGGCGCCUGCUUGUGCCCGGGAGUGCGACGGGUCGCGGGCCUUGGAGCCUGCCGUGGCGGAGACCGCAGAGCACUGCGGCACUGACCAGCGCGACGGUGGAGCGGCCGCGCCGGCGCCGGGGGCCGCGGCGCAGAGCCCGCUCGUCGGCUGGCGGGGGGCCGACGACGAGCUCGCGGACAAGCUGCGGGCGCGCAGGGCCUUCGAGGCGCCCCGGCCGGCCCGCGCCGCGCAGGCGCAGGCCGCCGCGGCUGCCGCGGGGGCGCGGGCCGUGCAGCUGACCCCGGAGGCCGCGGUGCCCAGUGGCUCCGCUGGCGGCGACGGCGCCGCGGCCGCGGGGCCCACCGUGGCGCGUGCAGGCGCUGGGGGCAGCGAGCCGGCGCCGACGGUGGAGCCCGCCGCGGAGGUGCUCGCGGCGCGCGCCAGCACAGGCGGGGGAGGCGUCGUGGAGGCUGCCGCGCCUGCUGCCAGCACCGGAGGAUGCGGCAGCGUGGGGGUGGAGCACGGCGCGGAGGCUGCCGCGGUGUGCAAGGUCGCCGACGGAAGCGACGCCUCGGCAGUCCCCGAGCCUGUCGCAGAGGCCGCCGCGGCCCCUGCCGGCGCUGUGCCGCACGUCGGCGCCGACGAGGGCGGCUGCGCGGCCGCCGCCGCAGUCGAGCCUGGCACAGAGGAGGCUGUGGCCCCUUCGAGAGCCCCGGGAUGCGACGAGGCGCCGGCCGCGGAGCUGGCAGCAGAGGCGGCCGCAGCACACGUCGACCGAGCGCCAGCCUCCGAGCUUGCCGCAGGGGAGGCGGCCGCGGCGCCCGCGGGAGCCGAGGCGCGCAGCCCCGCGCCGGGGCCCGCGGCGUGCUCCGCGGAGGCGGCCGACGAGGCGCCCGCCGCGACGGGGCCACCGGCAAGGACCUCCACGUUUGCCGAGGCCAGGAAGCAGGCCGCUCUGGAGCGGGCGCGCGCCAAGGCCAGGGAGCUGGAGGCCUCCCGGGUGGCCGCCGCAGCCGCCGCCGAGGGCCGCCUCGCCGAAGGCUCCGUCGCAGCCCCGCCGGCGCCGCCAGGGGGCGAGCCGUCGCCGCCGCGGCCGGCGGCGCCCGAGGGCCCCACGGCCCCGGUGCCCUUGCGGGAUGAGGUUGCCGCCGCUCCCCGCGGCAAUCCGUUCUCGAAGGUCUGCGUGGACGGCCUCGACGAUCCGGAAGAGCAGGCCGAAGGGGCCGGGAAAGGCGGCCGCAGGCGCGGCAAGCGGAGUGAGGCGGCGAUCGAGACCAGGCGCAAGGCCCUCCAGUUCAAGCACGACUUGAGGGAGACUGGCAACCAGCUCCGAGACCUCGCACAUAUCGAGGACCAUCCCUCGGAGAACUCAUCGGACGCCAUUGAGGAGGCGCAGAAGGAGGUCCUAGGCAGGAUCACGGACCUUGAGCGCACGAGGCAGGAGAUAGCAGAGAGCCGGGAGGCGAUCGAGCGGAUGGGCGAGCAGAUCCGGGGCGCGUCGAGUACGGGCACAGCCGUUCACGGUCUCGUCGACACGAAGGGGAUCGGCAAGCCCACGACGAUGGGCGACGAUCAAGAGAAGUUCGGCGCUUGGAAUCGCAAGAUGGAGAACUACGUGAUCGGCGUGUACGGAGAGAGUUUUCGUCCCGUUCUUCGGUGGGCGGCAGAAGCCGAACGCCCCGCGACGAUCGCAGGGGCUCAGGCGGCGCACGACGGAGUGCCAGAGCUGGAGACAAAGGUCAACCAGCUGUACGCGGCGCUGAUCAGCACGACGGCGGACGGGAGCGAGAGCAACGACCUCGUGACGGGCGCUCCCGAUGGGAACGGUCUCGAAGCCUGGCGGAAGCUCCACCGCAGGUGGGAUCCGACGACAGGUCCGAGGAAGAGGCUGAUCCUGAGGUCGAUCAUCUCGCCUCCGAAGUGCAGCGCGGACGAGCUGGGGUCCGCCUUAGAGAAGUGGAUCCAGCAGAUAGGCAGGUACGAACGCCGCCAAGGAGAAGAUGGUCUAGCCGAGCUGCCGGAGGAUAUCAAGAUGGCGGCUCUCGAGAUGCUCGUCCCUCAGGACAUCGAGAACCACCUCGUCCUCAACAAGCAUCGGCUCGAAACGUUCCAGGACAGUCUGAACGAGGUGAUGACGAUCGUGGAGGCUCGUACCGGCGUGAAGAUCAAGGCUGCAGGCAGCCUGGAGGAGGAGCCUGAAGCGGAGGUCGCCGCUCUGGACAUGGGCAGCCUGGACUGCCUGGAGCUCGCCAGCGGCAGCGGCCGCGGCGUAGCGGCGGUCGAUCUCUCUCCCUUCGCGCAGGACGACUGGAUGAAGUUCAACUGGGACAGCGGUGCAGCUAUCUCAGCAUUCCCUCGGAGCUUCGCGCCGCCGACGGGAAUGAAGGGCAACGGCAGCACGUAUCGUACGGCCAGUGGUGAGCUCGUCCCGGACGAGGGCAGCUUGCAGCUCAAGGCGGAGGACGAGUACGGAGUGCUACGAGCACUCAAGGGACGCGUGACGAACGUGCACAAGCCGUUGAUCUCGGUGGGGCAGGCAGCAGGAGCUGGACAGUGUUCAUUUCUGGGCCGCAAUGGCGGCUGGAUAUUCCACGAGAAGAGCCCAAUCGGCAAGCGCGUGGUAGGCAUGCUCGAGAAAGAGGCGAAGGCGGCGAAGCACCAGAUGCUGCCGGUCUAUCGCGAGCAGGGCGUCUACAACUUCUACCUCAAGAAGGGCCAACAUGGCUCGGUUGCUCCUCUCGAGGAGGGACUUUCGGCGAAGUCGAAGUCCGAGCUGGUGGAGCUCCUCAGCGGCAAGUCGAAGGAGGAGCUGAUGGAGAUCCUCGAGAAGACACCAGCGGCAGCUGCUGCGGCCGACGCUUUGCCAGCUGCUCCUGACGGACAGCAGGCCGACGAGGGCGAGGAGGAGGCUCGCCCGAGAGUGCUGAAGGCACCUCAUGAGCCCUCUCAGAGGGAGAUCGCCGAACACGAGGCGAUGGGACACGCGACUUACCGCAGCUGGUGUCGCGUGUGUAUUGCGGCAAAGGGCCAAGGCCAGCCGCAUCUCCGCGCACCGGAGGACGACGAGACAGCGGUGCCGGUGGUCUCGUCCGACUACGCCUUCAUGGGCCAGGACGACGCGGACACCAUGCCGAUGCUGGUCCUUAGGGAUCGGCGCUCGAAGAUGAUGGCGGCGACAUUCGUGGAGAAGAAGGGCGACGACGCCUACGCCAUCAAGUUCUUCGCACGCUUCUUGCGGAUCCUGGGCUACAGGAAGAUCGUCAACAAGUCCGACGGCGAGCCAGCGAUCCUGCUGGUCAAGAGGCGUGCGGUGGAGGAGGUUCCUGGCCUCGAGGCCAUUCCCCAGGAGUCGGCACCGGCCGAUCAUCAGGCCAAUGGGGAGAUUGAGGUCACGGUGCGCGAGAUCAAGAAGCAGGUGCGGGCGCUCAAGAUGGACCUGGAGUCCAAGCUGGGCGUCAAGGUGGAGGACAAGCACCCGGUGCUAGCGCACCUGCCGGAGCACGCCGCAUCGGUAAUCAACCGAUACCGGCGCGGCCAGGACGGCAAGACCGCUCUUCAGAGGCUCACGGGACGGCAGUGGAGGAAGCCGGUCCCGCUCUUCGGCGAACGCUUGAUGGCGCGGUUCGCCGGGGAACGCGUGAGGAAGAACGCGCUGGAGGAGCAGAUGGUGGAGGCUCGCUACAUCGGCCACCACCCGCGCGACGGCUCGAUGAUGGUCAUCACGAGCGACGGCGUGAAGAAGGCGGUCGGCUUCCGCAGCCUGCCGCAGAGCGAGAAGUGGAUCACGGCGGGCUGGGAUGGCCUGAAGGGCCUGCCGUGGGACGUGGCUCCGCGUGCGGCGAGCGCGCCGCGGGCCAUCGUCGGACCUGGAGAGGUCGGUCCGUCACCAAUUGUGGUGGUGUCGCCGCAGCCGCAGGCGCCGAGGAGGAUGUACGUCCUCAAGGCGGACGUCGAGCGGCUGGGCGCAACGCCGGGAUGCCCAGGGUGCGUCUCGAUCGCUAAGCACGGCCGGGUGCUGGCUGGCCACGCGCACAACGCGGUGUGCAGCAAGAGGAUCUUCGAAGCGCUGGACGCGGAGGAGGCAGGCCGGGAGAGGACCGGCCAGUAUCGAGAGCGGAGGCAGGGCCAAGAGGCCAGAGUCCGACCGGCGGCAUCGGCCGCGGCAGGGACCCCUCCGCCGAAGACGGCUCGGAGGAUCACCGAGCCGGUGGCAGCGGCGGCAGCGGCAUCGGCCGCGCCGGCCGCGACCCGCUCGGCAGCAGCGCCAGCCGCGGCAGCCACGGCGGCGCGCCGGCGAGAGAGCCAGCCGGUAGCACCGGGCUUCGGCGUGGCGGCUCCUUCAGGAGGAGCGAGCUCCAGUUCGGGAGCGGCGCGAGCGGCAGAGGCCGCCGCGGAUGUCGACAUGACCGCGGCUAGGUCGCGGCUGAAGCGCUCGGCAGAGGUGGCCCCGGAUGAUGUGCCGGAGGCCCUCGAGCGCGGUGAUCCACAGCCGGCAGACGUGCCGGUGCCGGUGGACAUGGAGGAUCUCGCGGCGCAGCCGGCGCCGGCGGAAGGACCUCAGCUGCCAGCUGGAGUGGCAGUCGUGUGGAACGCCAGUGAGGGGAGGCACAUGCGGGUGCUCGCCCUCGAUGUGGCGUCGAUCGAGCUGGUUGAGCUCGGAGUGCUGACGAGAGCGAAGGCGGAGUUGCUCCCGCUCGUUCGCGAACAGGUCAGUGGCCAGUGGGCCAGCGCCGGCGUGGACAUCGCCGACGAGGAGGUGGACAGCAUCGCCCUAUCGGCGUUGCAGCUGGGCGCCGUGGACGUGGCCGAGGUGUACUCGCCACAUCGGUUCUCGGCUCGGGCAGCGGACUUUCAGCUGCGCCCGGGCUUCGCGGCGGACCUGGAGGAACUCAAGGAGGACGGGGCGCCGUGGGACUUGCGGCGCCCCGAAGAUGUCAAGGAGCUCGAGAAGCAGCAGGAGCGGAUGGAUCCCAUCCUGCUCACGGGGCCCCCUCCAUGCGAGAAGUUCAGCUUGCUGAGGGGCCUGAGCGCCAAGUUCAGGACCGAUGAGCAGGAGGCGGCUGAGAUGGAGGAGGCCAGACACCACCUGAAGGUGGCAGUCGACGCCUACUGGCGUCAGCUCAGGAAGCCAGGCAGGAACUUCCUGCAUGAGCAUCCCUGGAGCGCGCGAUCGUGGAAUGAGGACAUCGUCAAGGAGCUG